CGCGAUGCGCGAAGUGUCGUAUCCACGGGCGCGUUUGGCGUGCUUGCCGAGUUCAGUGUUCGCUACGAGCCCGAACUGUGCAAAUUACCGCCGACUGAUCAUGUCGGGCCCGGCGCAUGGUGAAAACUCGGGAUCCGGGCACCGGAAUCAAAUUGUUGAAGAGACAGUAUUUUGUAAUACUAACAGCAAUAAAUCUGAAAUGUUUUGUAAUUCUGUUGGAUUAAUGAACCAUGUUCCUAAACAGUGUGAAAAAAAUAAUGACCAUAAACAAAGUGUUAAAUCUACUACUUCUGACCAAAGUUUACUGCAGUCUUCAGCAGGAGGAAAUGUUUGCUUUAAGUCUAUGGUCAGUAUACAAUUAAAUCCUGUUGGUUCACUGCAAGAAUUAUGCAUGGUCCGUCAUUAUCCAUUUCCCUAUUACACUUUUUCUGAUGAAAACUUUAAGACACAAGAAGAAAGGUUUACGGCAAUAUGUUCCAUAUCUACUUACAGCUCCUCAGGCAGAGGCAUAUCAAAGCAAGAAGCUAAAAAAGAAGCAGCUUACCUAAUGUAUAAGCAAAUAGAAAAGUUGACAUCAAAAGAUUUUCAUCAUAAUAUUAAUGACAACACAUGUGAAUAUAAUGAUGAAAGUUGUAACAUAUUGACGUUCCAUUUGUGUCAUGAAUCAGUGACUUCUUUGAAAACUUUUUUCGAUUCAAAAGAUGCACCAAAAACACCACAUUUACAAAAUAUAAAGAAAAACUCAAAUGAGUUCAAGUUGAUGACAGCCACUGAUACUUUAAAAACAAUUUCAGAAAAAGAAGAUUUUACUUAUAAAUGUGUUAUGAUUUCUCAGAAUUGUGAUGAAGUAGAAGUUUUGAUGCAGGUAAAUACUAAUCCAGUUAUUGUGAUAUCAAAAUCAGGAAAAAAUAAUUCUGAUGCUGAAGAAUCUGCCGCUCUUAUUGUUCUGACAUACUUCAAAUUACGAAAUAAUAUUUAGUGAUAUAACUUUAAAAAUGUAUUUACUUUUUAUUAUAUUUUGCUUUACACUUUAUGAACAAUGAUCAUUAUUUCUUUAAAUGAAUUAUUGAUUAAUUCAAUACAUAAUAACUGCUAAUUUGAUUUGACGACUUAUUUUCCAGUUUAAAUAAAGUAGGUAAUUAGUAAAAGUAGUUUAUUAUAGUACUAAUAAUAUUGUU